AUGGAGCCGACUGAGCACAAGUCUGCCGAUGAGGAGGUUACACGUCUGCGAUGGCGGGCUGAAGACGAAGAAUCGGGCUAUCAGACAAGGAGCAGUCGUCCUGAGCUGAUCCGGACCGCUUCCGCUGCGUCCAGCGCGCAUGUCUCCGUCCACAGUCGUCAUAGGAGAACGAUUGUCGACCCUUCGGUCUCGUUGCCAAUCCACUAUCGAACUAUCUCAUUUGAUAUUGACGAAGCCAAGGAACGGGAGGAGCGUGAAAAAGCAAAAGCACAAAGUGGUGUCGCAGCAGAGCUUUCCCAUCUCGACUGGCAUACAACCUCCGUCGAAGAGCUCCAGAAACGAUGGCAGGUGGACAUCUCUCAGGGUCUCUCCCCGAACCAGGUCCAGGAACGGCUCCAUCAAUACGGCAAAAAUGCGCUGUCACCUUUGCCGCAUCAAUGGUUCUGGCAGAUAUUCGGCUACUUCUUCAAGGGAUUUGGUGCCAUUCUGCUGGUCGGAUGCAUUCUCGUGUUUAUUUCCUGGAAACCCCUCGGUCAACCCCCAGCUCUGGCAAAUCUUGCCUUAGCGAUCGUGCUUCUCGCCGUCUUUUUCAUCCAGGCAGCCUUCAAGGCAUGGCAAGACUGGUCCUCAUCUCGAGUCAUGGCAUCCAUUACGGCCAUGCUGCCAGAAAGCUGUCUGGUCAUGCGUGGUGGUUCACUCGUCGUAGUCUCAGCUCCAGAUAUUGUGCCGGGUGAUGUUGUGCAUCUCAAGGCGGGCAAUAAACUCCCAGCAGAUACCCGUUUUGUCGAGGUCUCGAAUGAUGCAUGCUUCGACCAAUCGAUACUCACCGGCGAAUCGCUUCCCAUCAACGGGACGGUGGACUCGACUGAUGAAAACUACCUCGAGACUCAUAACGUCGGUCUCCAAGGCACGCAUUGCGUCUCGGGAAGUGUUACGGGGAUUGUCGUGUCGACUGGAGACGUAACGGUGUUUGGUCGAAUCGCAAAGCUCACCAGUGAGCCGAAGAAGGGCUUGACCACCUUGGAGAAGGAAGUCUUACGUUUUGUCGCGCUCAUCGUGUUGAUCAUGCUGACCAUGAUUGCCGUCAUCAUUAUUGUCUGGGCUACCUGGCUGCGACGAGAUCACCCGGACUGGAUCAACGUUCCAACGCUAAUAGUGGACUGCGUCAGCGUCGCCAUCGCGUUUAUCCCUGAAGGCUUGCCGAUUGCCUUGACUGCCAACUUGACCAUCACUGCCAAUCUGAUGAGCAAGAACAAGAUUCUCUGCAAGUCGCUCAAGACGGUUGAGACCCUUGGCUCGGUAUCAGUGAUCUGUUCUGACAAGACCGGUACUUUGACCAAGAACAGAAUGUUCGUCACUGACUGUGCGGUGUCUAUCUCCACGUUCACCUCGGACGGAGCAAGAGACGAAAUGGUCCUCAAAGGAAAGGCAUCGGCGAUCCAUCAACUUCGAGCAGUUGCUGGUCUCUGCAACGCCGCCGAGUUUGACGCGGCCACCAUGAAUCUGCCCGUCCACGAGAGAAAGGUUAUCGGCGAUGCCACCGACCAGGCGAUUCUACGGUUCUCCGAAGGAUUGGGCCCCGUAUCCGAGCUGCGUAGCAUGUGGAAGAAGACAUAUGAUCUUGCCUUCAACAGCAAGAACAAGUUCAUGGUGCGGACAUUCAGUCAGGUGGACAGCGCAGGACUCGGCGACGUCAUGUCGCCCGCUGAGUCGACCCAAUUUGGUCAUGAUGAUACAUUGCUUACGAUCAAGGGCGCUCCGGACAUCCUCAUCGACCGCUGCACGCAUGUCGUGAGUGUUGAUGGCAGUGUGCAGGCUCUGAACGCCAGUACGCUCAACCGCUUGAAGCAGAUUAAAGACCAGUGGUCAAGUGAAGGCAAACGCGUGAUCCUCCUGGCCAGGAAAACCUUCUCAGCGGGCCAAAUACAGAGUUCGCCCUUCUCCCACUUCUUCGAAGCCGAAGUGAUGAACCAGAUCAAGAGCGGUCUUGUCUUAGUGGGCCUGGUCGGUAUUGUUGAUCCUCCUCGAGACGAGAUUCCGGACGUGAUCAGAACACUGAGGCGGGCGGGGAUCAGAAGCUUCAUGGUAACGGGUGACUUCGGCUUGACAGCUCUUGAGAUCGCGCGGCAGUGCGGUAUCGUUACCGCAGGAGUGCCUGUUGACGAUGCAACAGCCCUGGGGAGAUUUCCUUCACUCUGCCAGUACAAGGAAAUCGUGUUCUGGAGAACCACCCCGGAGCAGAAAUUGCGGAUUGUUCGCGAGUUCCAAGCGCGAGAGGAGAUUGUAGGAAUGACAGGAGACGGCGUGAACGAUGCUCCGUCGCUCAAGGCGGCUGAUAUCGGCAUCGCGCCGGGAAGCGGGUCAGAUAUCGCCAUCGAGGCGUCUGACAUGGUUCUUCUGGAUUCUUUCUCGGCUAUUGUGGAGGCCGUGCAGUACGGACGAGUUGUUUUUGAUAACUUGAAGAAGACAAUCAUCUACCUGCUUCCAGCUGGCUCCUGGUCCGAGUUCUGGCCGGUUAUGACCAGUGUGGUUUUUGGCCUUCCGCAGGUCUUGUCCUCUUUUCUGAUGAUCAUCAUCUGCUGCUUUACCGACUGCGCGGCGGCCACUGUUCUGGCGUACGAAGCUCCCGAAGCCGACGUGCUGCUUCGCCCGCCCCGUAAACCCAAGAAGGAACGCCUGGUAAACUGGAAGCUUAUCCUUCAGGCAUAUGGAGUCAUCGGCAUGCUGGAGACCCUGGCAUCGUUUGCCAUGGUCUACUGGUACCUGCAGCGCAAUGGCAUUCCAUUUUCCGCUCUCUGGUUCAAGUUCGGCGCGGUCCCAGCCAACGUCGAUCCUGACUGGUACACCGCACGACUGAACGAGGCCAGCUCGGUAUAUUUUAUCAACCUGGUUGUAAUGCAAUGGUUCAAUCUGAUGGCCAUCCGAACCCGCCGAUUGUCCAUCUUCUCGCACCCACCCGCCUUUAAUAAGAAAACACAAAAUCUGCUCUUGUUUCCGGCAAUCAUCUUUGCCUUGGGGAUUGCUGUGAUCUGGCUGUACAUUCCGCCCUUACAACGGGUGCUGGACACGACCAGCGUUCCAGUCGAGCACUACUUCCUGCCGGCUGCCUUUGGUCUGGGAAUCCUUGGCUUGGACGAGCUGCGCAAAGCCGCUGUGAGGAGAUGGCCACAUGGCAUUUUGGCCAAGAUGGCUUGGUAG